GCCCUGGACCAACUUUUUUACAUCUCCGAAAAUAAUCACCGUGAGCGCAAUCAUCUCGGCAAUAUAACAAGAGAUAAGUUAUUCUAUUCUUCUUGGGUCCCUCCAUCGUUUAUUCUUACCUGCUAAACGAAGCUUCUGCAAAGAAAAUAAUGGACGAUCCGUGGGAUUGGGAUACUAACAGACUGGUACGAGAGCUUUGCUCUUUGGACCGAACAUGGACCCCAUCGUCGAACAACCCGAAGCUCCCCCAUUCCCUUGAAACUCGCUUGCGUGAACAAGAAGCUGAUGGCCAUACCAUCCUCACGUACAACGAGGGAGAGCUAUUUGAUGCACUCGGCAUCCAGAUUCUGAAGCACAAAUCGACCUGCCGAGACGCCCUUAAUCAGUUCCGUGAACAAAGCCAAAAAUACAAACUCUUCCAGACCGAGCCUGUUGACGAUCCAUCUACCGAGCGCACGAUAGUCGCACCACCUCGCAAGCAACGACGGAUCGCCCCGACCGCUGUUUCCUACGAAAAUGAUAUCAACGCCCAGCAUUUUCUAUCCUCCUUCGGCCCCGAUGUCAUCACUCGGCCGGACCGACUCGACGCGCCGGCAGGCAUAGAUGGGUUACGGGAAGACCCGAUCACCACCGAUGACGAUACAAUUCUUCCUCUCUACGGCGAUUCGGAUUCGGAUGAGGAAUAUGAUUCCGAAACAUGGAAGGAAAUUCAGCAGGAGCAAAACGAGAAGAUAGCUAGUGGCAAGCACCUGCCGGCAUUCGAUGCUGAAGUUAUUACGGACGAAGCCAUCCAAGCCUUCGUCUCGGACUGGCAACGGUGCAAACUCCCUAAACUGGUACCACGAGCUAAUAAGCUUUGGCACGACGCCCGAAAAAACGAUUUGAACGAAGCCGUCGAACAAGUACGUGGUACCCUGCAACUCUACGAGACUCGCCUCGGGACAUUGCGUGAGGGUAUUCUCUGUCAGCAGUGGUCCGACGAGGCUGAACUUCGGUCUGUCAUACCUGCCCUGGAGCAGACAGUCUUGGACUUGCAGUCUGCCUCGUGGCGGCUUCGCAUCGUGAGCUCGCCGCAAGAGCCCGACAAGCUCUCGCCCUCGCAAUCAGCUCCAAGCCAUAGUACGAAGCCUCGGCGCUCACGGCUGGACAAUCGGGACGGCGAAGAAACGCUGUCUAGCGAGUCAGAAGGCGACCAGGGUGACUUCAUCGUUAAUGACGUAAGUGAUGAAUUAAGACCUUGCCUCGAACUUAGCUUCGUCCCUAAUGGAUGCUGACAUGCUUAUAGCCGGAACCACAUGCAAAGAUGGAUGAUGGGGAGAUCAACAAAGAAUCCGAGGCAUGCAGCAACAUUUACGACGCCACGCCGCCCCAAUCAUCCCAGAACCCGGGCGGUAGAAAGCGAAGACAUUCCACGAAUGAUACGCAGUCCCCUGGAAGC